AUGAAGCUCGUCACUCUGGCCCCGGCGCUCCUCGCGCUGAGCGAGACAGCCUCAGCCCGCCUGUUGCCCCGGUCUAACACCACGACCACGCGCAAUGAGACGUACGAAUACAUCGUUGCCGGCGGCGGAACCGCGGGCAUUGUGACCGCCGAGCGCCUUGCCGCCUCGGGCCGCAGCGUGCUCCUCGUCGAGCGCGGCGGGCCGGCCUUCUACGUGUCGGGAAAUCACAAGACCGUGCCGUGGAACGACACCGUCACCAUGUACGACGUCCCGGGCUUGGCCGACUUCACGGGCGCCGACCCAGACCUGCAGUACUGCAAGGACCUCGUCAUCGCCGCCGGGUGCAUGCUCGGCGGGUCGACGAUGCUCAACGCGCUCAUGUUCGUCAGGCCGCGGGCAGCGGACUUUUCGGGGUGGCCCGAGGAGUGGCGCUGGGAGAACGGGGUCGCGGCAGCGGCGGAGGAGCUGUACGAGCGCCUGCCGGGGACGAUUCUGGCAUCGGAGGAUGGGAAGCGGUACGACGACGGGGCGUACGAUGUCAUGUCGCGCUUCUUGGGGGCCAACGGUUGGAGUGAGCAGAAUGCGUUGAACAAUGUCGAGGCGAAGGAGUUGAUGUACUCGCACCCUCCGUGGUCGAUUGCCCACGGUCUACGUGACAGCCCAGUCCGAGCCAUCCUGCCGGACGCGGAAACCCUCCCUAACUUCACCCUCGAGCUCCACGCCAAGGUCCUCCGCGCCGUGCGAGACGGCAGUCUCGUCACAGGCGUCGAGGUCGAGCACGAGUCCGGCGCCCGGGAGAUCAUCAACCUGACCAAGGGCGGUUCCCUCGUCCUUGCCGCCGGCACCCACUCCACGCCCCGUGUGCUCUUCAACUCGGGCAUCGGCCCUGCCGCACAGAUCAGCACCGUCGCCACCGGGACGACGAACAUUGAGCUCCCGCCCAGGGACCAGUGGAUCGAGCUGCCCGUCGGUGAGAACCUCAAGGACCACGCCAUCGCGACCGUCACAUUCCAGACUAAGGACGCGCUUGCUGCCCUACCCAAAUCGGCGUGGACGAGCCCGGAUCGGGAGUCUGUCGAGCUCUUCGCCCGCGGCAGUGGCCUAUUGGCGCAGUCGGGCCAGCGUCUGAACUUCUGGACAAGCGUCAACACGACCGAUGGAGCCACCCGUCAUGUCCAGGGCACCGUCCGCGCCGACGGCAACAACACGAUCGGCGUCAAGGUGUACCUCACACACGGCACCACGUCCGUCGGCACCGUCGGCAUCACGGCCGACGGAAUCACCAACAUGACGCUGAGCCCGCUCCUCCACACCGAGGGCGACCGCGAGGCCCUGACCAAGAUGGUCGACACGCUCCUGGGCUACGCCCGUCGGCCCGGAAGCAUCCUGAGCGUUGCCAAGAACGAGACGGCGGAGGCCAUCGUCGCCAAGGCGGGCAGCGGCAGCCACUACCUGGGCACCGCGCAGAUGGGCCGCGAGAACGACGGCCAGAGCGUGGUAGACCCGGACACCAAGGUCUGGUGCACCGAGAACCUGUUCGUCGUGGACGGGAGUAUGCAUCCCGAGGUUCCCACUGGCAACACGCAGGCGCCGAUCAUGGUGGCCGCAGCGUUUGCCGCCAAGAGGAUACUGGCUCUGAACGCAGAUCUGAACAAUGGUUCUUGA